CUAUAAGGACAGGGAGGUAGUGUAAUCACAAAGCAGAGCUAACAGCAUGCUAGGAACCAUCACACAACAGGGUAAGACAGACUUGUGGAAAUCCUUACAUAACAUCAAUAACAGACAAAAUCUACACUUCACACACUUCACUUCUCCAGAAGGCAUCCUCACUCACACACACAUAUCUUCAGACACACAGUUUUAGUCCAGUCCAGACCCAUCAGAACAGCUCAGGUUAUCGGUGACCAGUCAUGAUGUCUGCCGUGGGCAUUGCCAAGAUCCUCUUCUGUGUUCUGUUCCUCUACAGCUGCUGCCAGGUGACUCAGGGCCAGAUGUUAAUGGACUGCUGUCUGACGGUCAGUCAGAGAGAGAUCCCUAGACACGUUGUCGUAGGUUACCAGUCUCAGGUCAGAGGUCAAGGCUGCUCCAUCGACGCUGUGGUCUUCACUACCAGGAGGGGACUCAAGCUGUGUGCUCCCGCUGACCCCACCUGGGUUACAGACCUGAUGAAUCUCAUGGACCGCCUCAUCAAGAAGUGCCACGAAACCAACUUCAAGGCUAAACACUGUAAGAAGCUGAAGAACAAUAGUCCCUAAGGUCCUUGUCGGAGCCCCUCCUACCACCAACACCACCACCUCCACCCCCAUCUCCCGGUCAAAACAACCAUGACAGAGUCUGAGAAGAACCUUCCAAGUGGGUGAAGAACAGGGUGGGAGAAGUAAAACAAACAAAAAAAGACAAAUGUGAUUCCUCUUACCACUAAUGCACUUUUUAAGUUUCCUUCUGUCUUCAGUCUUUAGUUUAACCAACAGACUGUCUUGCUUAAAAGAUGCCAUGCGGUUUCUCAGUGGCACGUUCACGUACAAGACGUUUUUUAUUCUUUUUAUGUGACAAAAUAUUCAAUAUUCCAAAAAGAGUAGACUGGCUUUGACCCUUGACCCCAAAUUUGAACUGACCCUUAAAGCUACAGUCUGGGAUUUGAUAAGCAACAGUCUGGGAUUCUGUAAAGCAACAAAAUGGCAGAAGUAAUUGAAAUGACCAGAUUCCUAGAUCCCAGACUAAUUUUGUCAUCAAAUACAAUUUUAUUUGUCACAUGCUUCAUGAACAACAGCUGUAUUCUAACAGUGAAAUGCUUACUUACACAUCAUUUUCCAACAAUGAGGUCAGGGGUCAAGGGGUCAGGGGUCAAGGUGCUGGCAGCUGGUUAGAACACCCAUCUGCCUAAUCUAUACGUAAAUCUCAGAGAAUUCCAUAUUUCUUAUCAUUUGUGAACCUACAAUGUAUUUGACAAAUUCUUGUUUUUUCAUGGACCUUUUGUUUUUUCAAUAAAGACUUUUCCAAGUCAA